CUUAAGGAAGGGAUUUGUUCAAUCAGAGAGUUUCGGACUCUCGAGCGUCGUCAAGGCAGUUUCGGUAACAUGCUAACAUGCUAACCAACCGGGGAUGUUUACGGUUUGAAAAAACGGAUACGGUAAAACAACAAAGACAAAGAAAAGAUUCCUCUGUGAGCGAAGAACGGCCGCACAGCCUGAUGGGAAACUGAGGAGAAAGUUUGUUAACUUUUGUGAGCAGUUGAACGGUUCACCUGUUGCCUCCGCUAGCUCUGCUGCUAGCCUGCUAACGGCUAACAGAGCGGCUGGCAGUUUGAAAAGUUUGCGAAGACAGAGACGCCGGGGAUUAGACGGAGCCAUAGAGACGCCGGGGAUUAGACGGAGCCAUAGCGAUGCCGGGGAUUAGACGGAGCCGUACAGAGUCAGGGGAUUAGACGCAGCCGUAGUGAGGCCUGGGAUUAGACGGAGCCAUAGUGAGGCCUGGGAUUAGACGGAGCCGUAGUGAGGCCGGGGAUUAGACGGAGCCGUAGAGAGCCCGGGGAUUAGACGGAGCCCUGACGAUGGAAGGAGUGAGACACUCCCCGGUUCUGUCCGCUCUGUUCGGGGUGACUGAAGACUCCGAGACGCUGGGAGCCGCGCAGCUUAUUAAAGAGCGUUUGUACUUUGCCACGUUACGGAGUAAACCUAAAAGUACGGCCAACACUCACUACUUCUGCACCGACGAUGAGUUCAUCUAUGAGAAUUUCUAUGCAGACUUUGGUCCUCUGAAUCUGGCCAUGUUGUACCGAUACUGCUGCAAACUGAACAAGAAGCUGAAGUCGUUCACUCUGACCAGGAAGAGGAUCGUCCACUACACCAGCUUCGACCAGAGGAAGAGAUCCAACGCUGCCGUGCUGAUCGGAGGCUACGCUGUGAUCUACCUGAAGAAAACUCCAGAAGAAGCCUACAGAGCUCUGAUCUCUGGCUCCAACGCCUCCUACCUGCCCUUCAGGGACGCUUCCUUUGGGAACUGCACCUUCAACCUCACAGUGCUCGACUGUCUGCAGGGCAUCAGGAAGGCUCUGCAGCACGGCUUCUUUGACUUUGAGACCUUCGACGUGGACGAGUACGAACACUACGAGCGGGUGGAGAACGGCGAUCUGAACUGGAUCGUCCCGGGGAAGUUCCUGGCCUUCAGUGGACCUCAUCCUAAAACUAAAAUAGAGAACGGUUACCCGCUCCACGCCCCCGAGGCCUACUUCCCGUACUUCAGGAAACACAAUGUGACCACCGUGGUGCGUCUGAACAAGAAGAUCUACGACUCCAAACGCUUCAGCGACGCCGGCUUCCUGCACUACGACCUGUUCUUCCUGGACGGCAGCACGCCCAGCGACCUCAUCACACGCCGCUUCCUGCAGGUCUGCGAGAGCACCGAGGGCGCCGUGGCCGUCCACUGCAAGGCUGGUCUGGGCAGAACGGGCUCUCUGAUUGGCUGUUACCUGAUGAAACAUUACCGCUUCACUGCAGCGGAGGCCAUUGCCUGGAUCAGGAUCUGCAGACCGGGCUCUGUGAUUGGACCACAGCAGAACUUCCUGGAAGAGAAGCAGGCGGCGAUGUGGUUGCUAUGCGACAGCCACCGUUCCCAGAAGGCCAAGCUGGAGGAGAGGACGAUGUCUCACCUCAUCACCAACAUGGACGACCUUUCCUUAAACUCCGCCCACAACAGUCUGCACGAGAGUGAGAUCGGGGAUAGUGGACCGGGUCUGACCCAGGGAGACAAACUGAGAGCCUUAAAGAGCCGGAGACCCCCCCGACCCGCCACCACUGGAGCCCUCAGAGUGGAGGAGAUGAAGAUGCACAGCAGGUCUUCCUCUCAGCCGCUCAGAUUGUCGACGGGGGCCGGUCAGGGCCCCUCCUCCCCCCUCAAGUCCUCCAAGUUCCCAGCAUCCUCUGCUUCUGCUGCCGCCAAGAGGAUCGCAAGAAGUCCCUCGUCAUCGGCAUCCAACAUCAGGAGCUCUCGAUUGGCCAGCUCUUCUCUGAGCGAUCUUUACGCCGCCGAGGAAAACAAAAACUCUGCGUACUCUUCUCUUCAUCAUCUUCCCCCCUCCUCCCCCUCUCUUCUGGCCCCGCCCCCUCUCUGUCGCUAUGGCAACGGCCCUCGCAGCAGCACGCAGCACGAGGUGAACAAUAACAGCGGUCCAUACGGCAGCAGGGCGGGGCCUCAGGACUACAGCGCCUACAGGGGCCCGGGGCCGGCAGGACGCUACCUGAGCCGCUCCAUACCUUCUCUUCAGUCUGACUACAUCCAGUACUAGAACUACAGAUCUGACCUGAGGACUCAUUACCCACAAUGCCCUGUGUGGGGCUCAGAGACUGUCUGGAUUAAAGAAGAUAUAUUUAGAUACAGAACAGAUUUUAUAUUUCUAACAUUAUUUUUCUUUUGAGCUUUUUGAUAAACUGAAGGAUCAGCUGAUGACGAUGGCUCUCUCUGUCGUCAUGGUUACAGUAUUUACUUCCUGUCUCCGACCGGUUAACCAGCAGGUUGAUUGUGAUUGGUCAACGCAAUAAUAUUAAUAUUAAUAAUAAUAAUAAUAAUAAUAACCGUUAAAGCAGAAGACCCAAAGAUUUAAUGUCAGCAGCUAAACUCAGGAGUGUGUGUGUGUGUGUGUGUGUGCGCCUCUCUGUGUGUGUGUGUGUGCGCCUCUGUGUGUGUGUGUGUGUGUGUGUGUGUGUGUGUGCCUCUCUGUGUGUGUGUGUGCGCCUGUGUGUGUGUGUGUGUGUGUGUGCCUCUCUGUGUGUGUGUGUGUGUGUGUGUGUGUGUGUGUGUGCCUCUCUGUGUGUGUGUGUGUUCCUCAGCCCUGAAGCAGCUCUGUGAUUGGUCGGUUGUUUCAGCGUGAGAUUUUAAUAUUUCAGCAGAUCAUCAUGUCUCCUCCUCAAGAUAAAUAUUAUGGGAUGGCCGUCAGAAGUUAUCGUUCCUUAAUUUAAAAACACUUUUCCCUUUUUAUUUCAUCUUGUGAGACACUGAGGUUGCCCUCGGUUACAGCGACGACGAGCAAGAGGACAGAAAUGUCAAAAUAAUGCUUCAGUUAAGAUUAAGAGAGAAACGGUUCUGCUGAGCUGUUUGGAUACCUGUCAUCUGAUUGGCUGUCUGGAGGUCAGCUGAUUGUUCUCAGAGCUCUGAUUGGCUGAGAGGUGGACAGUGAGUGGUUGUGUAAUCAUGUUGGAACCCUUCUACCUCGGAGAUAUUCAGCAGGAAGAAACAGAAACUUUUCAAAAUAAAAGCUCAGGGGACCAACACGGAAAAAUGAAAUGUUUGAAAGAAAAACAGCUGUUUCUUCCUUUUUAUUUAAAUUUUCCGGCAUGACGUGAACAGUAUCAAAAAUAAAAAUAUAUUUGCACAUCAAUAAGAUAGAAAGAAGAAGAAUUAAAGCUACGAACGCCGAAAGACAACGGAAAAACUAAUUUUUAUUUUUUUUUUAUUUCUUGUGUCUUCCUUUUUAGGGAAAUGUUUGUGAGCGCUGACAUCAUCAGCCUGUGACUUCCUGUCCGCCCACGUGUGAGGUUGUUAGUAUUUUAUUUUGAAAGGGGUCUCAGGCUCUGAAGUGCCUUAAACACGAAUGUUACCGUUUGAUACAGCUUCUAUUUUCCUACAGCAGAGCAAAGGGCUUUUAUUUUGAAGGGAAACCACAUCCUGAGAGAGUGGUGAAGAUGCUUCUAUGUUGCUGGUCCUGUGUUUUAAUAUUAAAGUAUUUUAUUAAUGGGGAAGGUUAGAAAAUAACGUUUAGUUUUUAUCUGAGACACGAAAUAAAGAAAUUAUUCUUCUGA